CAUCUUUUAUAUGAACCUCUGACAUAAAUAACAUCUGUCGAGAAGUUAUCUUAACUAUAGUUUUCUUUGAUUUUUUUUUGUAAUUAAACGGAAUUUUCUUAGACGAUAUGUUGCAUUCAUAGAUUCAAAACUUUAUUUUGAAAAAUAAGCUUCAUCAACGAAGUGCACAACAAUAUCGUAUAUUAAUCAGCAGCGAUGGGAGUGUAGAUGAUAAUAGCACAAGUUAUCCUGAUGUUGUAUCAAUCGCAUUAGAAUGUUGAUAGACAACUGAACUAUGCUCAUGGAAAGCACUCUUAACUGAUAAAUUUUCAGAUGUUCAACAAAAAUAUCCUUCGCAAAUGAAGAUUAACUAUUUAGAUAUUUACAGAACGAUAAUUACUUUUAAACAAAAACAAAAACAAUAUAAUAAAACCCUUAACACAUUAAAAGGUCCCCCUAUAUUAGAAGACCUCCUAAAAAAUCGAUAUUUUCAAAUAGUUUCUGAAGUUUAUUGACUUUUUUAGUAUUUAACUCCAUAAUAAUAUCUAAAUUCAUUACGAACAAUAUUUUGCUUUCAUCCUCAUAAUGAACUCUCCGAUCUGAGUGAGUAAAAUCUUGAAAAGCAGUUAAUAGAAAACAACUAUCUUAUUAAAGAUUGCGUUUCUUUGUUAAAAACAUAUCGUGAGGCCAUUUUAGUACUCAUUUUCAGCUUACUCUGAAAACAUUCUUCAGGUUCUAUACAUGAAGAACACGCUUCCAUGGUCAUAGGGUUUCACAAACGCAGUCAACUUUCGUGUCUAUUUCACAUGAAGAGAUUUUUGUACAAGAGUAACAGAUUAGGUAAAAUGUCGUUGUGUAUUAAUUAAAAGAUCUUUUCGUCUUUGAAUUUCUUCUAAAAAAUCAGAAACGUUUUUACUAUAAAACAGUCUUUCAUAAUUGAAGAAAACAUAACUUCGUACAUAUCGUCGGGGUUUCAUAUGUGACCACUUCCCAAGCAGACAAACUUUUCAGAAAACGCGUUUACACGCAUGCAAAAAGGAGAAAAGCUGGUCGUUUUUUCAGACUUGGGAUGCUCGAUCAUGAUUCCAGUCACGUUUUUUUAGCUGGAAAAAGACAACAAUUUAUUUCUCUUUUUUGUCUGCGUGUAAACGCGUUUAAACGCACAAAAAGGGCGAAAAAUGGGCGUUUUUGGCUCACAGUCGGAAACCUCAAGUGUGAUCCGAAAACGUCUACUUUUUGCUGAUUUUAGGCCAAUUUCUGUGCGUUUAAACGCGUUUUCUCAAAAGUUUGUCUGCCUGGGUCUCUAUAGAAAAUUUCGAAGUCGAAAUUCAAAAAUGAUUAACUAAUUGGAGGGACUUCCGUUGUUAGCCAUAAAAGAAAUGCACAACAACUAUUGCUUAUGAAACUAUUUGUUUUGCCCAUAGCAGUUUUCUUUUUAAUGCUAUUCAGAUUAUAGUAUUGAAAUUGAUAUCAUCAUCUUUACUGUCAAGUUUUGUUUUGUUGAUAAAUUUAUUUCUGUUUUUCUUUUGUGUCUUGUCGUUUGUUUGUUUUUUUUUUUUGAACAAAGAUCAACCGUUACAAACCGAUCUCUGGUGGAAAGAUAUUGAUUUUAAUAAGAAAUUAAAUGAACAAAUAAAUAUGGAGAUAAAUCAUACAGUUAAAAUAAAAUCAAUUAAUACAAUGAAAAAAAUUGAUGAAAAAUUGUCAACAAGAUAUCAAGGUUUUAUAUCAAAUCUUGAACAACAAUUAGAAGUAGGAUUUUUAACUGAAUUGGAAAUAUUAAAACGAAAAAAAAAGAGAAUUCGUGAAAUAAAUAUAAUUCCAUUUCUUGAAAUAUUUGAUGCUAAAGAAUAUGUUAAUUUAAUGUUAAAAGAAGUACAGCGACAUUGUUAUGCAUCAGAAUUUCAUUCAUCACCCUUUGUAACUCUAUGUGUAUCACUUGGUAGACAUUUAUAUCAAAAAUAUUUAUGUCAUAUUCGACAUAAAUAUGGAUAUAUUGAUAAAUUACGUCUUUUAUAUGAUGAUUAUACAAAACAUAUUAUUACAAAUCAACGAUUUACUAUUAAUGAAAGACAAAAAUGGAAUGAAUUAACUAAAGAAAAAUUUGCUUAUAUGGAUCGUAGUGAUCGACGAUGGACAUUUACACAAGUUUUACAAAUUGGAGAAUUUCUCUAUGAUAUUAUGUUGAAAUAUAUGAAAAUUCGUGUACCAUUACUUACUAAAAAAGAUCCAUCAAUAAAAGCAUCAAAUAAUUCUGUUUUGUACAUUGUCUAUCGAAGUCAAGGUAAAUUUACAGAAAAACAAGUCAAAGUUCAUCCAACUGUUCUACAUUUCUUUUCACAUAUUCCUGAAACUGUUCUUGACUUUAGUUGUAUUGAAUUACCAUGUCUUGUUCCUCCACUUCCAUGGUUAUCAUCAACAAUGGGUGGUUAUUUAUUAACACAAACUGAUUUUGUUCGAUCACCUAUAACAGCAGCCGGACAACAAGAUGCUCAUAUUCGAUCUACACCUAUUGAAAAAAUCGGUGGUUUACUUGAUUCAAUAAAUGUUUUAAAUAGUUGUGCAUGGAAAAUCAAUGGUGAUGUACUUGAUCUUUUAAUGGAUAUUUUUCAACAUGGUGGAAAUCGUCAGUUAUCUGUACCUGUUGCUGUUGAAAAUGCCAAACUACCUGAAAUACUUCCAAUUGAAGAUGGUUUAUCAAUAGAUGAACGAAAACGACGAGAAAUUAUUUUAGCUCAAACAAAAAAAAUGAAAGCUGAAAUUUUUUCAUUAUGGUGCUAUGAACUUUAUCGUUUAUCAAUUGCUAAUCAUUUUCGUAAUGAAAUAUUUUGGUUUCCACAUAAUCUUGAUUUUCGUGGUCGUGUUUAUCCUAUUCCUCCACAUUUCAAUCAUUUAGGCAGUGAUAUUGCACGUAGUAUUAUUCUAUUUGCUGAAGGCAAACCAUUAGGUCCUAAUGGUCUUCGACAAUUGAAAAUUCAUUUAGUUAAUCUAACAGAUUUAAAGAAAAAAGCAUCUAUUGAUGAACGAGCGAAAUAUGCUGAUGAAAUUAUGGAUGAUAUACUUGAUUCAGCUGAUAGACCUUUGAAUGGUCGUCAAUGGUGGACAAAAUCUGAAGAACCAUGGCAAACACUUGCUUGUUGUAUGGAAAUAGCUCGUGCAAUACGUUCAUCAGAUCAUACAAAAUAUGUUUCACAUUUUCCUAUUCAUCAGGUAUUCUUCAAUAAAUUGUUUGAUUAG